UUUUGCGCAUGCUUCGUAACGAGCAAUGUUUGGCUUCCUGUUGACAUUCGAUACAAAUUCCUCUUCAAAAUAAAUUGCAGGCAUGGCACUACCAACUAUGCCACGUUAUUGGACAUCCAGAAAAAACAUAUAUGAGCAGGCAAUCCUGAAACAACGUAAUCAUCAAAGUGACUUUCAUGAGCGAUGGAGUAGAGAUGCAGAUUAUUGGAACAAAUCAAGCAUAGCAACAAACAAGCAGAAUGCCUGGGAAUCAGAUGCAUCUCUUCGUGGAAGCCUAGACAAGUACAAGGCAGACAAUGAAAAAAACCUGAAGGCAAUUAACCUACAACGCCGCAGACUGCUGCUUGCUGACAUGCUGAAGCAGGAAAGAAAUGAAUAUGAGGCGGAAUUGAAAGGGUUUUCAAAAGCAAACUACACAAGACUGGAAGAUAUGAGAGAUAGAGCAGGCGCACUACGCAGUGCUAGAGAAGAGAAACGAAGAGGGUUAGCAGAAGAGAAACUAUAUGACCACUGGAGGCAGAACAAUCCAGAUCUAAGACGGGUGGAGCAGGAGUUAGUUAAAGAUCAGGUAGUGGGCAGCUGGGCUGGACAGGUGGAUGAAACUAAAGCUAAAAGAGAACAGGAAAAGAAGGAAAUAGAAAGGCUAGAACUUGAAAUGGAAGAAGAGAGACUGGCAGCCAUAGAUUCAGACAGAAAGAAGGAAGAAGAAAAAUUGGACGAAGAAAAACGUUUAAAACGCAUACUCAAAGAACAAAUGGAUGAAUUGAAAAGUAGAGAAUAUGAGGCUGUAAGCUUAAAGAAACAGGAAGAAGAGUUACAACAGGAGCAGUGGCGACUAGCAAAGAUAGACGAAGAGAGAAAGAGGGUAUAACUGGCUCGUCAGCAAAGGGAGCAUGGACGGGUGCUGCUACGACAACACAAAACUCAAAUGAUGCGGCGAUCAAAACAAAUUCAAGCUGAAUUGGAACUUGAUAAGAAGAUCCUGAACUCCCUGAUAGAACAGGAGCAUGAGUUGGACCACAUACAGACCGCGCGACGUGAAAAGGCUAAGGCAGAUGCUGAAUGGAUGAAAGAGGUGAUAGAAGACCAGAUCAGACUUGAGAAAGCCAGAGAAGCAGAACUGGAGAUGUUAUAUCAGGAUGAGGCUGCACGUAUGUGGCAGAAACGGGAUGCAGAAUGGGAACGUGAGAAGAAGGCAAGAGAACGGCUCAUGCAGGAGGUGUUGGAUGACAGACAGCAGCAGAUUGAGACGAGGAUUGAGGAGAAUCGUGAACAACAGGAAUUAUCACUCAAGCACCGUGAACAGUUACUACGAGAGAUGGAAGUAGCUAAUCAAAUGACGCACAGAGAUCAGAAAAAGGCAGAGGCUCAGAAGGAAGCGUUAAAGAUGGACCUACAGGAACAGAUGUUUUCACGGAAGGAACGUGAGGAGAUGGCGCGGCUGGGAGAGGAGGAAGAAGAACAUCGUGACAGGGCCGAGAAUGCUGAAUACACAGACUUCCUGCGACAGGAGACUGAGCGGAUGAGGAUAAGGGGACCAACACCUAGGGUACAUGGGAGGAGACAAGCAUGGAGCUAACCUCUGAUAUAACAAGGAUAGACAGGGACACGAUACACAGUUAGAGGACAUCGUGUGUUAUAGUGCCGUCAC